CGUUGGUAACGGAAUAACUGUGUGUCUAGACGUUCCUGACUCGGUGACUUCAGUUAAAGGUCGUAGAUCCCGGUGAUAUUUCCAGAGGGGGUAGUAACUGGAGCGAACAAAUAUUUUCGUACUGGGCCAUCGGGGAGAGGGGAUGGCAAAUAACGGGAAUCUAUUGUCUCAUUUCUCUGCAAUUCUUGGUGUUCCGGAACACUGGAACAGGUGUCACUCUCUUUCCGGCCUUUGGUUGCGUUAGAGGGUAUUGACUUUCGUUCCGCGUUCUUGUUUUUCUUUGUGUUGUUGCUUACUACCAAUAGUUGCCAACAUGAAGAGGUCGAGGACAAGCGAAAUGUGGUCAUAUUUCGAAAUUCUUGAUCGAGAGUUUGCGAAAUGUACUUUGUGCGGUAAGAAAUUAUCGUACAAAUCGACGACGACGAAUUUAAAGAAACAUCUCCAGAAAUCACAUUUAAUUGUGGAUUUCUCUUCACAAAGACCUUCGGAGCUAGAUUUGGGUGAAUCCCUUCCUGUAGAGGUGAUCCUUGGCACCAGUAGUGUGGAAGAGGAGCGAGCUGCUCCAGCCCCCUCAAUGCAGCAAGGUGUUCAAAGUUCUAUGACAUCGUACCUCUCCAAAAGGAUCGGAGUGAAUCAGAAAAAGAAGAUAGAUGAGCAACUUCUUCAGCUGUUCACUAAAGACUUCCAACCAUUUUCAGUCGUUGAAGAUUCGGGGUUUCGGGGUUUUGUGCGGGCCCUUAAUCCUGGUUAUGAGUUACCAAGCAGGAAGCAUAUUUCAGAUGUAAUGCUGCAAGCAGCAUACACAGCAGCAAAAGAGAAAGUGGUAGACAAACUGUCAGCUGCGAAGACAGUUUGUUUGACCACAGAUUGCUGGACAUCGGCAGCAAAUGAAGGUUACAUGGCGGUGACAGGGCAUUUUGUGUCUGAAGAUUUCACCUUGCAAUCGGUGUUGUUAGGAUGUUCCCAAUUGUCUGGUGCACAUACUGCUCCAAAUCUGUCGGCAUCUCUAAUAGGCACGACAGAUAACUUCAGGCUGACAGACAAAGUUUUGCUGGUUGUGACGGAUAAUGCACCAAAUAUUAAAAAUGCAGUAUCCAUUUUAAAGUGGAAACACUUUGGGUGCUAUGCACAUACAUUGAAUCUUAUUGUUCAGAAUGCACUAAAACAUUUUGUGUCAAUUCAGCAGAAAGUGAAAACUAUUGUAGCAUUCUUCAAGAGAAGCUGCAAGGCAACAGAAAGACUGCUGACAUACCAACAAAAUAAUGGGGCAGGUCAUGUUAAAAAACUGGUGCAGGAGGUGCCAACAAGGUGGAACUCUACUCUGUAUAUGUUGGAGCGAAUAGUUGAAAUUAAAGAUGCAGUGAAGACUUCACUUGUACUAUUCACAGUUGAUUUUGAACAACUUACCGACGAGGAAUGGAACAUCUGCUCAGAACUCUGCUCUGUGUUGAAGCCAUUUGCACAGGUUUCAACACAGCUUAGUGCUGAGUCAUAUCCUACUGGCAGCCAAGUUAUUGUUCUGACAAGGGGAUUAUUAUCAGUGUGUGCAGAACUUUUGAAACGGCCAUUUAACAGUGUGACAAGGACUAUCAUUGAAGAAUUAACAAAAGGCCUGAAGGACCGUUUCCACAAUGUAGAGAUGAGCAAAUCUAUAGGAGUAGCCACUCUACUAGAUCCACGGUUUAAAUCUCUUGUGUUUGAAAGCCGAGUUGCAGCAGAUAACGCAAAGAAACAGCUUAUUGAACUAGUAGCACAAAAGAUGGGUGACAGAAGACUGACAAACACAGGCCAGAGCCAUGAAACUGUGUCAACUUCAACCACCACUGAUCCCUUGUCAGUAUGGGGUGUCUAUGAUGCAAUUGUAAAAUCAACACAGCCCCAGGGCACUCCUCAGUCAGCUGCUAUUGUGGAAGUACAAAGGUACAUGGACAGCCCAGUUAUUAGUAGAAGUGAGGAUCCACUGGCAUGGUGGCGUGAAAAUCAAUAUAUUUUCCCACAUAUUGCUAAAGUGGUGAGGGAAAAAUUCAAUAUAGUGGCCACUUCUGUGCCGUGCGAAAGAAUAUUUUCUAAAACUGGUAUCAUUAUAAAUGAAAGGCGAACACGGCUGAAGGCGUCCAAAGUUGAAAAACUUAUAUUUCUAAAUAUGAACAGUACUAACUCCUGAAUUUCCUGUUACAGGUAGUGGAUUCGAGAGGCACACCAACACCAGCAGAUGAGUCUCAGUUUAAUACUUGGGAUAUUAUAACAGUAAGUUAUAGCUCCAGAAGUCAGUCACCAGCAGCAGAUGUCACACAGUUAUAAAAUGGGAAACUUGAAGAAUAAGUUAUAGCUCCAGAAGUCAGUCACCAGCAGCAGAUGUCACAGUUAUAAAAUGGGAAACUUGAAGAAUAAGCUCCAGAAGUCAGUCACCAGCAGCAAAUGUCACACAGUUAUAAAAUGGGAAACUUGAAGAAUAAGCUCCAGAAGUCAGUCACCAGCAGCAGAUGUCACACAGUUAUAAAAUGGGAAACUUGAAGAAUAAGUUAUAGCUCCAGAAAACCGCCACCAGCAGCAGAUGUCACAGUUAUAAAAUGGGAAACUUGAAGAAUAAGCUCCAGAAGUCAGUCACCAGCAGCAGAUGUCACACAGUUAUAAAAUGGGAAACUUGAAGAAUAAGUUAUAGCUCCAGAAAACCGCCACCAGCAGCAGAUGUCACACAGUUAUAAAAUGGGAAACUUGAAGAAUAAGUUAUAGCUCCAGAAAACCGCCACCAGCAGCAGAUGUCACAGUUAUAAAAUGGGAAACUUGAAGAAUAAGCUCCAGAAGUCAGUCACCAGCAGCAAAUGUCACACAGUUAUAAAAUGGGAAACUUGAAGAAUAAGCUCCAGAAGUCAGUCACCAGCAGCAGAUGUCACACAGUUAUAAAAUGGGAAACUUGAAGAAUAAGUUAUAGCUCCAGAAAACCGCCACCAGCAGCAGAUGUCACAGUUAUAAAAUGGGAAACUUGAAGAAUAAGCUCCAGAAGUCAGUCACCAGCAGCAGAUGUCACACAGUUAUAAAAUGGGAAACUUGAAGAAUAAGUUAUAGCUCCAGAAAACCGCCACCAGCAGCAGAUGUCACACAGUUAUAAAAUGGGAAACUUGAAGAAUAAGUUAUAGCUCCAGAAAACCGCCACCAGCAGCAGAUGUCACAGUUAUAAAAUGGGAAACUUGAAGAAUAAGCUCCAGAAGUCAGUCACCAGCAGCAAAUGUCACACAGUUAUAAAAUGGGAAACUUGAAGAAUAAGCUCCAGAAGUCAGUCACCAGCAGCAGAUGUCACACAGUUAUAAAAUGGGAAACUUGAAGAAUAAGUUAUAGCUCCAGAAAACCGCCACCAGCAGCAGAUGUCACACAGUUAUAAAAUGGGAAACUUGAAGAAUAAGUUAUAGCUCCAGAAAACCGCCACCAGCAGCAGAUGUCACACAGUUAUAAAAUGGGAAACUUGAAGAAUAAGUUAUAGCUCCAGAAAACCGCCACCAGCAGCAGAUGUCACAGUUAUAAAAUGGGAAACUUGAAGAAUAAGCUCCAGAAGUCAGUCACCAGCAGCAAAUGUCACACAGUUAUAAAAUGGGAAACUUGAAGAAUAAGCUCCAGAAGUCAGUCACCAGCAGCAGAUGUCACACAGUUAUAAAAUGGGAAACUUGAAGAAUAAGUUAUAGCUCCAGAAAACCGCCACCAGCAGCAGAUGUCACAGUUAUAAAAUGGGAAACUUGAAGAAUAAGCUCCAGAAGUCAGCAGCAGCAGACAUCACACAGCCAUAAUGCGAGAAGCUUCAAGAAUAAUGUGUUAUGGCUCCGAUAGUCUUCCAGCAGCAGCAAAUGUUACACAGUCCUAUAGAGGCAAACUUGAAGUAUGAGGUAAUAGUGUCUUGCAUAGAAUGGCAAACUUGACCUUUCACUUAAAAUGGAGGUACAUUUGCACUGAGUUUAAUGUUAUGACACGUGAAUGGAUUACCAGUGAUGUAUAUGUAAAUACUGGAAUUUGUAACUUAGAACUUAAUUUCAGUAUCGGCUUUGAAAUUUGGUCACUGGAUACAACUAUAUUAUCUUUCAUGUUGAUAGCAGCAAUCAUCAGAUUGCAAUCCAGUUUAGUACCUGUGAGGCAUGAGAUGUCAAAAAUACUUGUGGGUUAUUGGUAGCCUGUGUCGAGGCAUGUGGCACCUCAAAGUUUGUAAGUACAGUAGCAUUUUGUUUUCUGCUGUACUUAAAAAUUGUUAGCUGUAGCACCCAUUCUGACAUUUAAUUAUUUUGAAUUUCAAGUUUCUUAAAAUAAUACUGACAUCAGUUUCAUGUGUGUUAACACUAAUCCAUAUAUUAUUGUUAAUAUGCUAUUUUCCUCAGAUAUUAACUGAAAUUGUUUUAUUAUAAUGAUAACAACACUUCAGCCUUUGUAGACUUGCAGUAUAGGUUACCUGCUGAGAAAUAUUUACUGGAAGAAAUGGUUUCUUUGAAUAGGACCGAAAGGAAUACCACUGAAAAUGCCAAAUGUGAAUUGGUGAAACCUCUUGUGCUCAAUACUAAAUUUCAUUUGCAAAACACAGAAGUUUUCCUAUCUUUGUGGUGGAACACAACAAAUUCUCAUAAUUUUGCUAGUUUGUAUUCUAGAAAGGGUGCCAGAAAUGGAAGAGUAUAAUUUUUAUUAAAUCGGGCAUUAAAUGUAAGUACGUUGGAGUACAGAAAGGGUGCAACUGGCCUUUCCCACUGUAGCCUGAUGUGCUCCAACAUGCAUUUGUACUGAUGUGCAGGUGGUUAUAACACUAGUAUCAAACUGCAUGGUACCCACUUACUAAUGUGACCUACCCUUGCAUGAUCUGCUGCAGACAGCAAGAUAUCCACUACUGCUCUUACUACCUGUCCAACAGUUGUGGAGGAUUUUUUACCCUUGGUGCUUGCCAUGACAUGUUUUGCCCUCUGCCCUUAAAAUCUCAAUUCUUGUUACAUUUUUCAUCCAUUUUCUAUCUCCUGAUGGACCUGUAUUGAUUAAAAAACUAAUCAAUGCAGAGGUGAUUGUAGAACUUUUGUUAGUGGCAGUGUGGAGGGGCUCCACUCUUUAAAAAAAUGAAAUUACAUUGUGGGACAUGGAAUUAUUAUUAGAGGCUUUCAUGGACAUUUUGUUUACUUAAAAAGUCAGUCAUUAUGCGAGGUAUUUAAAUGUUAACUUCAAAUCUAAAACUGCAUCAAAAGAUAAAUUUCAGUAAGUCUUUAGCAAGUUUCAGUAUCUUACUUCACAUGCUGGACCCUCCAACUAUAAAAAAGUGUUUUGCAGAGAACAACUAUUCAGAUGUUAACAUCCCAGAAUUUGUGUAAAAGAUAUCCCUUACAUUGUUAGUUUCAUUGUGGUCACACUCUAGUGUAGUUUUAUCAGCAUACAUUUAGAAGUUUGAAGAACAUAUUAAAUUAAUUGCUAGACAUGCCUUAAGUGAAUAUGUUUACUACUAAUGUGAGUCAGCUAAGUAGUUGAUGCAAGUUUUUAUGUUGUUUCUAAAGUGUCUUUAGACAAGGAUAUUUCUGCUGUUUGUUUCCUGCUCUUCUGUUUCAGAUAACUUCUCAUAUAUGCAGCAACUGCUGAAGCAGCCUCUGGCAGUUUAUUGAAGUUCCGUGAACAAAGUGUUGUGUGGUCUGUUUGUGUAAAGUGAUAAAGAAAAAUGUUAAAGUGUAAUUGCAUAUAUAUUUAAUCAUUAUUUUUGCUAGUGGUAAGAUCUAUUUUCAUGUAAAUCAGAACAUUGUACAAUAGGUAACAACUGAAUGAGGCAGUGUAGCUAUUAACAGCACUGACCAUCAUAUUCAGGAGGAUGGGGUUCGCUCUGUCUGGCCAUCCUGAUUCGGGUUUUCCAUGGUUUUCCUGGAUCGCUAAGGCAAAUGCCGGGAUGGUUCCUUCAUCAAGGCCACGGCUGACCACCUGUCCCAACCUUAAAGAGAUCCUUUAAACAUUGUGUGUAUACCCAAAUUUUGAAUUAUUGAUGUUUGUUGUAUUAUGUUGAGAUAUUCUUGGAUGAAAUAAAAAAGUUCAUAUAUUUGUA